AUGAACAAAUCCUCUUGUCCUCGUGUCAGCUUCGACUUUACAGGCAGAUUUCUGCCUCCUGUUUACAUCAUAGUCUUCAUCGUUGGUCUGGUAGCUAACGGAUGGGGACUGAAGUCUUUGCUGCACAACUGGAAGAAGCUAAAAAUCAUCAAUGUUUUUGUUUUCAACCUUGGACUUGCUGAUAUUUUGUACCUGCUCACAGUCCCAUUUUUGGCGGUGUACUACUUUAUGAAGAGUAAAUGGAUCUUUGGAGACGCAUUCUGCAAGAUAACAAGAUUCUGCUUCAACCUGAAUCUAUAUGGCAGCAUCGGGUUCCUUACUUGUAUAAGUGUGUACAGGUACCUGGCUUUUGUCCAUCCAUUGAGAGUGAUGGGAAGAAUAACUGUCUCCCACUCUGUGUUUAUCUCAGUCAUGGUUUGGCUGUUGGUGAGUGUUCAAAGCCUUCCAGACAUGUUCUACAUCAAAAGAUACAGCAAGCCAUAUGGAAACAACACUGAGAAAUGUUUCGAUACCACGGAUAACAUCUAUGUUGAGAGUUACCUGAAAUACAGCCUUGGAUGGACACUCACUGGGUUUUGUAUCCCAUUCCUCAUCACUCUGGGCUGCUAUGGACAUGUGAUUGUUGUUCUCUGCCGGACAAAUACCACUCACAAGGUACUGAAACAGAGAAGUCUGAAGUUGUUGUGCAUCUUGAUUCUUCUCUUCUCUGUUUGUUACAUCCCUUAUCAGGUUUUCAAGAACCUCAACCUCUGGUCAAGAGUUCUGUCCAACCAGAAGAUAUGUGCUGAAUGGUCCAAUGGAGUCUACAUUGCUCGUCAGAUAAGCCGCGGCCUUGUGUGUCUGAACAGUGCUCUCAACCCUCUGGUUUACCUCCAUGGGAACGAAGAUAUUCCCGCUCAGAUCAGACAGCUGCUCCAACAAGCUCAUCAGAUGUUCAGCCGUUCACCUCCAACAAACUCUGGCGGUGUGUCCAUGGCACAAAUUGCAGAUGGAGAUUAA